AUGAUGCUACCUCACUCCGUGACUGUCCCAGAUGGGUUGCUCUCCCGGGCCCCUUCGACGAACGCGCCGGUCUUUCGCCCAGGGCCACAGCCUUCAGCUUGGCCGAAACCGACUCGACGGUCGAAGCUCCUGGAAGUGGGUGCUUUCGUCUUCGUCGCUUUGCGCAGAUUUUCUGGAGGACGCCGCGCUUCGACACCGCGGGGGCGGACCCUCAGCCGACGAGCUUUCCGGAGUGUCUUCGAGUUUUUCAGUGGGGUCGGUGGCAUGCGGCUGUCUUUCAAGGAUGCGGUGCCGGCGAGGGAGCCUUUCCCGACGUGGCGUGCCUUUGAAGUGGACGAGGCUUGUUGCCAGGCAUACUGCGAGCUUUACGGGUCCAAGUAUGUCACUGGAGUGCGUCGAGGCGAGUUGUGGAAGAAGAAGCAAAGGGGCAGCGACGAGCUGUGGCGAUGCUCCAUUGACAGACUCCCUGAUGGGGCCUUCGAUGGUGGAGAUCUCUGGCUUAUGAGCCCGCCGUGCCAGCCCUUCACACGAACCGGAAAGCAAAAGGAUAUUGAGGAUCCUCGUUGCAAAGCUCUGCUUCGAUUGCUUGAGGCGCUCCCUGCAUUGGCGCAUCCUCCUCAGGCUCUUUUGCUCGAGAACGUCCCAGAGUUUCGUGGGUCCCGGGCUCACCAGCGCGUGGUGUCGACGCUCUCAGAGGCUGGCUACGCCACCGAGGAGCACCUGCUAAGCCCCAUCACUUUCGGGUUUCCGAACACCCGGGAGCGGUUCUACUUAAUUGCAGUCCUUGCCGGACAAGACGGCGCAGCUGCGACAGCAGUUGCAGAUCUGCUUCCAAACCUGCCCGCACUUCCUGGCACAGCUACCGCCCGCAUUCCGAUCAGGCCGGUGGAAGCCUUCCUUGAGGAGGCGGCUCCCAGCGAGACACUGCGGGUGCCGGAGAAGCUGCUGGAGCAGGCAUACCGUGAGAACUUCACUCUUGAUCUCGCAGGGAAGGGGACCACGCUUACGAAGACCUUCACCUCGUCCUACGGGAAGGCCGAGUACGGCGGAGCCGGCUUAAGCAAGACAGGGCCGCUGGUAAUGGAGGCUCCAGACUUCCCGGAGGCUGGG